GUUUGGGACUGCUGUUGUUUUCGGAGCUGAAGAACCUGCCUCUGUGCAGUUCGGUCAUAUAGUACUAGAUGCUCAUUUUCUUUGCACGUUUUGAUGGCCAAACCUCAGCACACUAGAACACAGCGUCUCAUCUGUUUCCAGGACCGACGUCACGGUUAGUGUUAGUGAGCUGCUUAGGUUCUUUGCCCGGAUUAUCAGUGCGGUCGACGGGCUCGCGCAUUUUAACGGUAUUUCUUACUUUCGCUCGAGAGAACCGGGACGGUCCGACCUGAAAUUAGCAACCAUUUUCUGAGGAGAUAAGAGGAAUCAGAGCUCUACAGAUAUGAAUGUCAAUGUAUUGAAUGUUGAGGAGAUAUUCAGCAUUCCUGGGGCAACAAGGGGAAACAAGUUAUCCUUUGGCAGGAGUGGCACCCACAGUGGACACUCAAGAAUGACAGAUCCCAUGUUCCUGGCUGGAUGUCGGGUUCGACACAGUCAUUCUCAGGAUACAUACCAGGAGAUGAGUCAGCCAUCCAUAACAGCCCUGGCCUUUCAGCAUGGUUCUCAAGAAGUAAAUGAGCCAAAAGGUUCAGCAAAAUAUCAGACAAGGCCCUAUAAUUUCGGAGUGGACAAAUGGGAGAAACCUAUAGAGUCUCAGCUUGGAUGUGGGAAAGCCAAAGGAAUCUUGGGACUAUUUGAAGAAAGCAAGAAAAAAGCUAAAGAGAAAGAUGAAAGUGAGUUGUUCAAUAAUAGAUUUUCACAACUUGAGGAAAGCGUGGAUCACAUAAAAAUAUCUUUAAAUAGAAUUGAGAGCCAGGCAGAUUCUAGAAAGACAUUUAUUGCUGAAGGUCUGGAUGUUUGUUCAAAGCAAUUGGAGGACAAAGUGAGAUCAAUUUGUGAUCCAGUACUAAGUGAGCUGAAAUCUCAAAGUCAAGUACUGGCAGAGAUGGAAAAAAUGGAGACAGAAAUGAAAUCUUGUAUGUUAGCUCUGCAGGACAACGUAGAAAGAAUGAAAAUGGAGCAUAGCAAAGAUAAUGGGAAAAUAAGUGAAAAGCUGGAUUUGUUAAACAGCAGCCUAAAGUUUGAUGAACUUGUGUCUUUUCUCACCAACUUGGCGUCCUCUUAUAGGCCUACGUGUAAUGUUAAAGAUUGCACUGUUCAGACAUCACCUCGUUUGUGUGAAAAUUUUUGUCUUGUCAGCGAAGAAAAGACUUACUUUGAAAGCACACGGGUAUGUAAAACUAACACACUACAGCCCAGCACUGCUCUCAUGCCAGAGGAGUUGGGCAAUGGGACAUCAACAUCUGAAAAGGAAUCUGAUGAACAAUGUGCCAAAGUCUCGGGAACAAUAAACGAACAAGCCAUUUUUUUUCUAGAUGAGGAUCGAUCAAUGAAUACUUUAAAAAACAGAGUAGAUGAGAAUCCUUCCUUGAGUUCAUAUUACAUGCAUUCUACUGGGGCAAUUUCCGGCCUCUCUGAGCCAGACAAUGGGUUACAAACAUAUUUUAUGAAAGAAAAUGAACAACAUGAAAGAAAAGGGCAUGUCCAGUCCAGCCAUAUUUCAGACACACAAAAUGAAAAUAACCUCUAUGGGUUAAAUGGGUUGACACAGACCUCGAACACUUUCAAAGGUGAAGAAGUGGUCAACGGUCUUAGCAAGGAAAGCAAUGCUAAAGACGUCCGAGAUCCUAAAAAAGACUGGAAACGAAAAAAAGGCUUUAGGAAAGGGUUUAAAAAAUUCCCUUCCAGGAAAAAGCAAAAAGUUAAAAUAUCAGUGUUGUCACAAAGUAAAACAGAAAGUAUGCUGCACCCUUGUGAAGACAGGCAAGGCUUUAGAAAUGAAACCCAAAUGCAAAGGGAUCCCUUUGAGACUGAAGUUGAGAAUGUAAGGAUGUCAGCUGAAAAGCACCAAUAUCAAACAGCAAAACUCCAAAAAAAAAAGAAUAAGAUUAUUCCGGUGUCUUAUUCCUGCGAGAGUGUUGGAAAAACUAGCCAAGGAAGCUGUAGAAUGGGGCCCACAAAAGUAGACCUAAAUCUAUGGGACUAUUUUCAAGACAGCUCAUGUACACAGCAUAUUACUGGAUACGAAAAGAAAACACUUUCCUGGGUAAGUCCAUUUAGCCCUUUAGUGCACAAAAAUACCUUUCCUAUUGUCAGUAUUCCUAAAAAACAAGAAAUGCAAGAAAGCAAAGUUGUUUCAUAUUUAUGCGUUUUUGACUCCAGUGAUGAUUCUGAUUAAAAUGGAUAAAAAACAUUAGAAUACCAGCUGACAGUUGUUAAAAGGUAUUAGAGAAUGUAACAGUGACCUUCUGCUGGAUUUAUAAAUGAUUGGUGCUAUUUUUGUGUGGCUCAAGCGUAUAAAGCAGGCCAAAGUCUGUUUAUUUUUUUUUGCACUACAGCUAGUUUGGAACUUUUGGGCAUCUUGUUUUAAAGCUGAUUUCAUGGCAAGAGAGGUGUGCAAGUGUUAAUAGAUCAGCCAUAGUUUGUUAAUAAUAAGGUUUAUUAUUUGAAACCUUAGGGUUCAAAUAAUUAACUUGCAAUUUAACUUAUACAUUUACAGUACCUACAAAUGUUUACUUUGAAAUGUGUAAAGGAUUUUCCAUUACUGUAAGUAGUUCUCUAGUCUUAAAUCUAAUAUACUGUAUGCUUUCACACACAA